AUGAGUUCUCAGAUAAUGCAUAUGAAUACAGAGGAUGAGGAUGGAUACUCUAAUUUAAAUCACCUGCCACAACAUCCAACCAGACACUACAUGUCCCUGAACAUCAACCAAGGGCACUCUAUUCCCUUUGCUGUAUGGUGGCCAGCUGUCUUCACUUUGUUUGUGCUGUGCCUGGCCCUCACCAUAGGAGUGAUAGUCCUAGGUCUCAGAGGUUCUAAGGCACCUGAGGGACAUAAUGAAAACUUGCAAGAACUAAAGGAGAGAUUGUGCUUGAUCAAUGAUGCAAACGGUAAAAACAAUAGACAUACGUGUUCACUCUGCCCUGGAAACUGGAAAUGGAAUGGAGGCGACACCUGUUUCUACUUUUCAGAAAAGGAGGCCACAUGGCAGGAAAGUAAAAACUUUUGCUCCUCCAAGAAUGCCACCCUUCUUAUGCUGAAAACAAAAAACCAAUUGACUAGCUUACCUCAAAAAUCACAAAAACUAUCUUAUUGGGUUGGAUUAUCAUAUGGAGUUGAUGGCUGGUCUUGGAUAGAUGGUGCAGAACUUUCUACAAAGAGAAUGGACUGGAUUGAUUUGUCCUAUAAGGACAACUGUGCAUACCUGUUUUAUCGUGAUUCAAGAGUUUACAGUGAGAAUUGUUAUAGGAAACAUCUCUGGAUUUGUGAGAAGACAGCAGUUCAGCUGAUCUAG